AUGUCAUAGAUUAAUUAGCAAAAUUAAAAUGAAGUAUCUUAGCAAGUACAAGAUAAAUAAGAUAGCAGAAAAUUGAUAUCUUUAUUAUCAUCUCCUUAGCUAUAACUCAUCAAAAGCAAUAACUCUAAAAGUAAUAAUACAACUCAAGACAUGAAUGAAUAAAUAACUUCUUUGCAUGCUUCUCAAGUUUUUUAGAUUAAUUCAUAGCAAAAAUUAAAUCUUGAAUAAGAACCAGAGCUUAUUCGAAUAAAGAGUUCAUAGGGACUUAAUUCUUCUUAAGGAAGCUUAUAAUAAAUAAAUUUGAAUCCCUCACAAUCAUAAAAUCUGCAUGAAGAGAAUAGCUAACUUUAAAAUUAGAAAUAUCAUCUGCAGCUUUAGGAAAAUAUCGAACCAAAUUAAUAGAUUACUCCCUCUAAUUAAAAAAUGAGUCCCAAUUUUAUUGCUCAUAGGUUAUAAAUAUUAUAAAAGAAGUAAACAAAUUGGUCACUAGAAAUAGAUCUAACAAAGUAUAAGCCUCACUAAAUACAUUAAAAAAUAGAUAAUAUAGCAUUGUUUGACUAAAAUUUGGAAAACAAAGAUGCUGUUGAUAUUCUUAAAUGCAUUUUAGUGAAGCAACCAAGUAAAAGAAACGCAAAAGAAAUCUAAUUUGUAAGAAAAUGCCUUAGAAAUGUUAAAUUCUUUAAUGAAAUUGAGAAACAAUUACCUGAAGAGUUAAUCUUACGUUUAUGCAAAUUUAUUACUUAUGAAAAACACCCACAAUUUCAUAGAUUAUACAAAGCAGGUGAUUAUGGUAGAAAAUUUUACAUAAUACUGGAAGGGGCUGUGUUCAUUUUAACUCCUUCGAUUUCCAAAACCUUUGAUCAAAGUAUAACAGAUAACAAAGAAGAAAAAUAAAUAAAAUAAAUGAUUAUGCAUGAAUUCGAAGAAACUCCUAGGUUCUUUCCUUUACCAUAAAAUUUAGAUGAAAAUGCAGAUGACUCUCAAUUGAUUUAAUCAGUUGUCUAACUAUAAAAUGAAGGAUUUAAUAUUAAAAAAACUCUUGAAAAGGGAGAAAGUUUUGGUGAAAUAGCCUUGAGAACAGAAGGUAUAAGAACAGCUUCUGUUGUUUGCAGAGAAGACACUCAUUUUGUUUCAAUUACAGCAACUACUUAUAAUGAAGUUAUUGAUGCAUAUCAUGAUUUACUUUAUAAAGAAAAGAUUGAUUUUUUAAGAAAUGUAUCUAUUUUUUAGAGAUGGAGCCUUGCUUUUGUUCAUGAAAUAAUGAUGUAAGUAGAGAUAAAGUAAUUUAAAAGAGGUGAUAUUCUCUAUGAAGAAGGAGAGAAAAGCAAAAAUCUAUAUUUUGUAAGAUCUGGUGAAGUUGAACUUCAGUAAACAGUAGAAAUUAAAGAUAGUUUAGAUAAUUUCAAAAGUAUUCCUGAUAAAUUAGUCAAAAGCAAUCAUGUUUGGAAUGAAAAAAUAAAGAAUUCCAAAUUAAAAAAAUGUAGUUUAGUUAUACUUGGUCCCUACUAAUAUUUUGGUGAUUAUGAGAUUUUUAAAAAAUCUAAAAGAAUUACUAGAGCUGUAUGCUAUUCUAAUUCUGAGCUAUUUGUUUUAGAAAAAAAGGAAUUUUUUGAAAAUAUGCAAUUCAUAAAUAUGGUAAAGGAGAUUCAUAACUUAUUUAAAGAAAGAGAGAUUUGGUACUAGGGUAUGAUUCAAAAGAAUUUGAAUACUGAAGCAUAAAUUCAUAAAAUAAUACAAAAUUAAAAACGUUAACAAUCACUUAUAGAAACCAAUCCAGUAGAGGAAGAAAAAUCAAGAAGAGUAUCUUUUAUUUAAGAAUUAUCUCAAAAGAAUAUAAUUAUGCCCAUAAGUUAAGAAGAAAGAAGCAAAUACACUAAAGUUCAAAUAGAUUCUUUAAGAAACAUAACUGAAGAAAUUGAUAAAUAUCAGUAAAACUCUUUCUUAGAAAAAAUCAACAUAUAUAAAGAGUUUAAAUCUCCAAAAAAUUAAGAACAAGAAUUAUUUAAUGACCAAAUAAAAAUAAAAUAAAAAAACUAAAUUAAAUAAAUGAAAUAAGAAUAAGCAAUUUAGAAUGUAAUUAGAUUAAAGUAGUUUGUUGGAAAAUCUAUGAAUUUAAUCAAUCAAAUAUAAUCAAUAAAAAAAAAUGAUUUAGAUUAUCGACAAAGAAAAAGCGAGUAACUGUUAUCCACCUAAUAAGAUUCGCUUAUCUCCUUUUAAGAAGACUCCUUUUUUCAUAAAAACUAUGAACCCAGUUCUACAUAAUCAAAAAAUUAAUUACCUUAAUCGUCUACUUUAUAAAUAAAAAUAAAACACAAUUAAUCAAAAUCUGCUUAAAGUUUAAUAAAUUCAAUUGAUUUAUUAGAACAAAAUAAUGGCUAACAAAAUUAAAAAGCUUAUUUAUAAUCUCGUAAUUCUAUAGUAGAUUAAAUUCUUCAUAAUAAUUUAUCACCUAGGAAUUUUCAAACUAACAAAAAAUUUUAUCAAUUAUAAAAUUAAUAAAAAUAAUAAGAAAAUAAUUCAUAAAUUCAAAAAAAUUUAUCUCCCUCUCCAUACCAAAUAAGAACAGUUUAAAACUAGCCAAUAUCAUCUUUGUUUGAUCAUAACAAAAUUUCAAGAGCCUCCCUACAGGAUAUUGAUGGUUUAAUGCAAUCAGUAGAAAAGAAUGUGAUUUACAAUAAGUAUUAAGCUUUACAUUCUGAUGAUAAUCUUGGCUUUAUUAAGAGUUAAAUUGAUGCAAAUAAAAAAAAUGUAAUCAGAUAAAAGAUGUAAUAUAAUUUUACUCAUAAGUAUUUAGAUGAAAAAACUGGUAGAUAUAAAUUACCGAGCAAACUUUAAAUACCAGAAUAAGAGCAUUUAAAUAUACUAAAUUUAUAAUCUUCUAAAGAUAUGAGUAAUAAAAUUUCUGUUAGCUCAACUAAGAAUAAUUAAAACUAAUAAAUAGCUUCUUUUAACUAAAUUAAUACACCUCAUACAGUAAUAUCAAGUAAUAAUAUUGACAAAAAUUCCUCUAAAGAAAGCUUAAGUAAUUCAAGAUAAGAAUCUCCAGUUAAAAAAAGCCAGUUAAGUUUACCUACUAUAAUAGUAUCUCCAAAAUUAAUAAAUAAAGAAAUUAAUUUCUCUAAAUCUUAUAAGAAAGGAAAAAUAAGAAGAGAAUAGUUUGAUGGUACUCAAAAGAAAAGAAUCCUCAAAUUAAGUUGA